AUGUGUGGAAAGGCAGUAAGGAUACUAAACACUGGCCACAUGUCCAUGUCAGUGGUGUGUCGGCACGGACUUGUUUUACGUUAAAGCUAGCGACUCUAGAACAGCGAGCAUGUGUUAAUGACAUGCAGACCUCGCAAAGGACACGCUUUUGAUUUUUCCGAACUGUUUUCUCAAAAAAAGGACAAAUAGCAGCAAAAAUGUUGCGGUCACUCAUUCUUUUAUUUUUGGACGUGUCAGGAGUUGGGCUGGGAUUUGAUGCAAUAUCUCCAACAGACAUUAACAGCUGAUAGGUACCCACACUAUUCGGACAAUAUGUUGUUCUCGACGCAUGUCUCUUGGCCCUUUUAACGCCCGAAAAAGCGCAUUUACUUUACCGCUAACCGACCCCGCCUACGGACACACAUGGGAAAGUGACAGAGCCCACUGUAUUACAGAAUGAACAAUAGUAUCUUAUACGAUGGCUCAGGAGGCUCACAGUCCAGUUUUAUUUUUUCACAGUCCAGUUGUAUUUUUUCACAGUCCAGUUUUAUUUUUUUCACAGUCCAGUUUUACUUUUUUACAGUCCAGUUUUAUUUUUCCACAGUCCAGUUUUAUUUUUCCACAGUCCAGUUUUAUUUUUCCACAGUCCAGUUUUAUUUUUUACACAGUCCAGUUUUACUUUUUUACAGUCCAGUUUUAUUUUUACACAGUCCAGUUUUAAUUUUUAAUUUAGUUACCAGCUCUCUAUAUUGAGACGCAACCGCUAUACGCAUGCUCACGUGCUGUGAAGGCUUUUAACGGGAAUUUAACACUACCAGUUUGUCUUACCUGAUUCACGAAGUGAAGAGAUACCUUUGCCAAUAUAUACGCCAUGUAUAAGAGUAAAUGACGGAUCCGCUGAAGAUUAUCUGGAGCUCAUAUCACAAUAUUUCAGACAAGACUACGAUAAUCUGGAAAUACUUGAAUUUCUGAAGCUCCAUGGGGUGAGUAUUAGUUUAUCAACUCUGAAGAGAAGGCUUGCCUCUAUAGGAUUAUUAAGAAAAACUAACAUCUCUGAUGAUGAACUGAGAAGUGCCAUUGAGAAGGAACUUGGUAAAAGUGGUUGUUUUGUGGGAUACCGCAAGAUGUGGGCAAGGAUAAGAAAGAGGGGACUGAAUUAUAGUCAAAAGAGCAAGAGCAGUGACUCUUUUGAAGGAACCAGAUCCCGACGGUGUAGAAACCUGGUGAAAGAAAAGGUUACGUCGUCGUGCAUAUCAUACAAAAGAGGCAAAUUUUAUUUGGCAUAUUGA